GAUAAUGCCAUUGAACUACGUGAUAGUAGAAUUUGAGAAGGAGGCUGGGAGCGGAGAGACAUCUCUAGAAGUCGUACCAGAAACCUGGAGGGACACAGAAGGGAAUGGUUGCUUCCUGUACCCGGAGCAUUACACUGCACCACGGGUGAUAAAGGCUGCUAAGAAAGGAGAACCUCCAACGGACCUGUGGAAAUCUUUCCCAGUUAAAAAGGAGUGGCUUACCACAGAGUCAUGGGAUCGUGCCAACAGAAGGUGCACGAAAUUGGUCGCAACUAGCAACCCAAGCGAUUCUGAGGAGGAUUUAAGCAUCAGGAAGCGGAAGAGGAAGAAGAAUUCCAAAUACAUAGAUGAAGAUGACGAUGAUGACUGUGAAAUGAUCAUGGACAACAGUCGUGACACAAUCUCGGAAAGUGAAGAAGAACAAGUAAACCUCCCAACACCACCACGUCUUCUAGUUGCAAGACUAAAUAAGGUACUAGUCACCAAUGACAGAACUUCAAAUGACAGAACUUCAAAUGCCGAACAUCCAUCUAUAAGUACUCCUAGAACUACUAAGUCCACAGGAGCUGCCAGAAAUUCCACAUCGGAGGAAAGUUCACCCCUGACUGCCGCCAUGACAAGGAUGUUUGCUGCCUUGGAGGCCAUAAAGCAAAAACAGGAUAAGCAAGAGCAGAUGCUGUCACAAGUACUGCAAUUGCUUGCUGAGGCAAGUUUGGGAGGAUUACGCACAGCUGCUGAUGAGGAGGAGGCCGGGCUUCCAAACCUUCCCAGCAGCUCAUUCGAGGAACUAGUUCGGCUGAACGAAAUAGUUCAAGAUCCCGCGGCAAAAAAGAAGCUGGUACGUUCCCUCAGCCUCGUAGGGGGUAAAAAUCUUCAAGCUGUCAUUCGAAAUGUUUGCAGAAAAAUCAUUGACAAUGAACUUGCCAAGAAAAUGAACCUUACAGGUUCUAAGGGCAAGCAGGGUUUGUCUGUCCACAGCUCACUUCUUGCUGUAAUGACAAAUGGUAUUCGAGGCAACAAAGGGUACCGGGAUGCCAGCGAAAAGGAGAUUUACGCAAGUAUGGGCACCUGGUUUACUGGAUCCCGUGACCGGAAUGGGGAGAGGAAUGCGAGGAGGAAUAUUCCAGCACCUGCACCUGUACCUUACCCCGUUCCAAUGCCUGACCCAGUCCAAACGCCUGACGAAGAGUAAUAUAAACAAGUAAUACAAAUCAAAACAAGCAAUAACUAAUAAAUGAUAAUGAAAUGUAGACCCAUAAACAAUAAAGUUAAUAAAAUGUGACCCUCUCCUCAAAACCACCAAUAAGUUCCUGGAACUCAUUAAAAAAACAUCUUAUCUGAAACUAGAGGUUCUAGUAAGUUUUUAUAUACAAUGAUAUGUAACACUUCCAUUUAGUCUUGUAGAGCAGUCAAUGGCAUAUAUACACAUGAAUAUGCCUUUCUUUCCCUAUUUGCUCCUUUGUCAGAUUUGCGACUUACUGGUGGUUUUGAGGUGGCGGUCACAAAUGUAAACCACAGGGGGCGACAUAACUUUUUUGUACUACUUUUCCCAUCGGGCAAACAUAAUUUCAAAUUAUUAGCAAAUACUUGACCCUAGAAGAAUUUCCGUACUCUAAAACAGUUCAAAACAAAUCCCCCCUUUUUUUUUCUCUUGCCGGCGUACUCUUUAUGGCCUCGGAUACAUUUCUAUUGCCCGGCAGCCGCCAAAAAUAUCCUAGCUACAUUGAGAAGAUAGGAUGUCAUUUUGAUAUAGAAAUGAAUAUACUAGUUUGAUUUAAAGAAUAUUAUUAGUUUCCAAUGAGUUUUUUUUAUUUAGAUUGCAAAAGUAGAUCAUUAACUGCAAAAUUUGUUGCUACGUACCACUUCCAGUGCUUAUGUCGGCAUUUUAUCCACAUUGCUGGUCCUAAAUUUUGACAGGAUUGGGUUGUUCUCAGGUUUUUUAUAAAGUGUUCAUGCAUGAUUCAUUGUGGCAAGCCUCGGGUUCUUUUUUUUAAUUUGUAUUGUUAUGCAACUAAGUUUAAAAAGUUUAUUAUGUUCUUGAAAUGAGUUCAACUAGAUAUUUGUUGUCUGGCUGAUUAUAUUGUAUGCUAUCAUGAUGUGCUAUACGAUGUCUCAAACGAUUUCAUGUCUAAGUAUGUAGCACAAACGGUAGGUGUUUUUAAGUGUGACAUAACGUAUUUGAAGACAUGUAUGUAAUUGAAAUUUUGAUAAACCGGAUGAUGCACCGAGAUCAGAAGGUAUAAUGUUACAUUAUCUUCUAAUUACAUGCCAAAAGCGUGGUAUACCAAUUCAAUCUUGAAUAUAUAUUUUUUACCGCAGUGGUGCCCCUGUCCGUUCAUCCCUAAAUUGGUUUUCAUUCGAUAACUUUGAAAAUCUUCAUCGAAUUUGGAUGAUAAGUUAGGAUUUGGAAUAUGAAGGUCAAAUAUGCAUAAAUAUACAUAAAUGAAAUGCUCAUUAAAUAUGCGUAAAUAUACAUAAAUUAAAUGCUCAUUAAAUAUGCAUAAAUAUACAUAAAUGAAAUGCUCAUUAAAUAUGCGUACAAAUUAAAAGAACCAAGAUAUUUUUUGAAUUACAUUACGCAGGUCAUCAGUGUCCUACGGACACUGUGCGUUUCUAGUUCAUAUUUGAAAUGCAAGUACUACAUGUAUACAGUAUACAUGAUAGUAUAAGCAAAUAGCAAACCUGCUGCCAAUUGAGGUUUAUGGAAAUUAUUGUAACCACUUUAUGCAUGACUUGCCAAACUUAAUUUGCUGCAAAUAUUAAGGUAACUAAAUGGAAAUUAUUAUUAUUACGUUAUUUUCUUGAGCUGAAAGAUACACUAUAUUCUGGCCAAACUAAUAACUACUUCUAUGCUUAAAUGUCUUGUAUGCCUUAUUUAUAUGCAUAUUGAUAUCUGUUUUCUACUCCCCCCCCCCCCCCCCCCUCCCGAGAUAACGAUGUGUACGUAGUAUUAGAGUACAUGCAGGGUUCCCACAGUAAUGGAAAGUCUCGGAAAUGGAUCGCGGAUAUGGGCAGUACAUGGCUAUUGCAGCAUUCCAAUUUUGACAGACGAUGGAAGCGGAAUUUAUACGCCGCUUGGAUACCAUAACCCAUACCAGAAUGGUAUUUAUCUGGUCAUGGAACCGCUAGGGUGAAGAUGGGUCAUGGAAUUUAGUCCUCAAAUUUAUGUGGGAAUCCUGACAUUUAUGUAAUCAUAUCUUAGUGGAAGUUUGAAGUACAUACCAUGUUUUGGGACUGUAGCUGACAUGUAUAUAAACAGUAGAAGAUGUACCCUGUAUGUAAUACAUGUAAAUGUAGUAACAUUUAUAGUUCACGUGUUGAGUUUUAUUAUGGAAGAAAUAACGUUUUCCUUUUACCAUCUAUUAAAAAGAAAAGAAAAUGUA